AUGAGUCAAGGUUCAACGUUCAAAUCUAGGCCGGCUAAAACAUCAUUCAAAACGCGAUAUUUCGACGUGCGCGGACCCAACUCGGUGGUCGGAUAUUUCACAAUUCUUCCAGAGCAUUGCCGGAGCGCAGUCGAGGAACAAUUCUCUAGGAUUUUAAGCCCCGUUGCGGCUCCAAGUCAACGAUUCUUACUGUUCCUUGCUGCCGCUGGUUUCUUCGGCGGGCGAGUGGAUUGUCUGGCGCCAUCCGAUUCCUGGAUGGACGUCGACCUUGGCCAAUCCGGGUAUGCAGGCGGAAAUCACAAUCUAGACCCCGCCGUCGUCGACAGCCCCCAAUUCGGUCUACGGUGGAAGGUAGACUCCAACCCAGGCGAAACACAUUAUGCUAGACCAUUGAUUUACACGCCUCCGUCUACAAACAAGCAGAUUGUCUUCCUUGCGUCGACCGAGAAUAUCCUGCGUACCCUUGAUGCGGAGACGGGAGAGAUAUUGAGGGAAAGGCAGGUCACUGAACCGUUCAACAUGGCACAGCCCUUCUGCACCAUGGUCUCGGAGACGCUUGGGGUCCUGGGCACACCGACGAUUGACCCUGACACCGAUACGGCUUACUUCUUCGCGAAGUCACAUAUACCAUAUUAUCGGGAUCACUUACCCACCGGCAUAAUAAACGGGGUGUACUACUUCUACGCCGUCGACGUGAACACCCUUGAAGAUAGGGAAGGCUUCCCGAUUCUCGUUGACGGUCUCCCUGCCAGCAACGACCCGCGAAGGUACUUCAUUGGCGGGAUCAUUCUGCAACGACCGUCCCUCAUCAAACUUGGCGACGUUGUGUACGGCGCAUUUGGGGGCGGGUGUGGAGGAUUCAAUCUCACUGGAACAAUCCUGGGGAUAGACGUAAAACAAAAGAAAGUUGUCACAAACUGGGUUACCCAAGCCGGUCCUGAAUCUCUGUUUACCGAAGAAUGGACAGCCUUUCAUGGAGGCGGCCCCGGUGGGAUAUGGCAAGCCGGACAGGGUCUCGCGACCGACGGCACCAGUAUCUUUUUCGCCUCUCUUGUGCAGUCCAACGGUGCCGGUUCGAGCGACCCGGUCACUGACACAACCCCAAGGUUCGGCAACGCGAGCCUGUCCGUCUUGUCUGAGGUCGCAGCGCGCGUCAUACCGACGGCGGAUGGCGAUCUUAAAUUAGUGGACUUCUUCCGCCCGUACAACUACCAGCACGAAGAAGGGAUGGAUUUCGGUUCUGGCGGAUUCCAACUCCUUUCUCCAUACUUCAACACCAGCACCGUAUCACGCAUUGCCGCUGUCGCCAGCAGGAGCUUCAAGAUCUACGUCUUCGACCUCUCGAACUUAGGCGGCUACCGUCAGGGCCUCGACGGAACAGACGCAGUCCUCCAGUCGAUCAUAACAGACGGCGAAGUCUACGGCGGUAUCGGUUCUUACCCACUGGACGGUGGCUACAUCUACGCCGCGCCGACCAAUAAACCCGUUGUUGCGCACAGGUUCACCAUUACCGACGAUGGGACGCCAAAAUUUGUCUUCGCUGGUCAAUCCGGGGUGUCGAGCUCCGAGCAACGAGGGACGGGUAUCGCAACGGUGACUUCGUACAAGGACGAACCGGGCACUGGGAUUGUAUGGGUCACGGAUCCCGUUCUAGGUUUGAGAGCCUGGCAUGCGAUACCUGGUGAAGAUGGAGUCCUGAAGCAAAUCGAACUUCCGCCGAUGAAUGGGGCGAAUAGAUAUUCGAGGGCGACGUUCGGAGAUGGGAAGGUGUAUGUGGUGGAUGCAGCGGGAAGUCACUAUUCCCGCAUUAUGACAGGCGAAACCCUCUCUUAUCCUCAGCCUACGUCGGUUAACCUAUCUGCUUGGCUGUUCCGCGUCGAGCGAGACUUGAAGGACGCCGGAAUUCCACAGGCCCAAUGGUCUGACGCGAUGAUUUUGCUGCUGGAGGGAGAAAUGAAUAUGGCGAUGCGGCAGAGGAGGCAGGCGCGACGUGAUCUCGGGGUGGAGGUUUGGGAUUGGGCUGGGUUUUGUAAGGCUCUUGAGGAAGUGCUUGGUGACAUAGGUAUUCGCGCUGUCAGUCUCGCGGAAAAGUACAGGCACUUACUCUCUUUAGCUGGCAGACCGUCCUUCCUACAACAACUUCGAGAGUACCACCCAAUUGCCACAAAAGUUGUCGGAGUCGGACUGGUCGCUGUAGGAGGAGCUGCUCUGGCUCCGGCGAUCGUUGUGGGUGGCCUCAACGCUCUGGGAUUUACAGCAGCAGGAGUGGCCGGCGGUUCAAUAGCAGCUGGUCUGCAAUCAGUCUUCUAUGGCGGGGCGACAACUGGGUUAUUUUCCCUCUGUCAAUCCAUUGGUGCAACUGCUGCUGCGCCAACCCUGGCCUCAGUACUGUCAGCUAUUAGAACAGUGGUCGCUGGCGCAACAAUCCUCGUCUCAGAGUCUAAGGAUGAUAAGAUGGCUCUGAGGAUUUCUUAUUGGAAUAUGGACGGCAAACACGAGCCGCGUCCGCUCCAUUUUGGUGCCCGCGCCUUUAGCGCUGCCAUCUCGCCAUAA